UGCUCUAACAUUUCCUGCAGACAUGGACAUUCGUUGGUCUCUUUUUUAUUUGCAAAUUCGGUUCAGUUGGCGAGGCCUGUGUUUUUUUCUGUUUGUUUCAGCGCGGAGUGAAUAAGCGGCGUGCAGCAGCAGCAGCAAGCCGGCCAGUCACCGCUCUGUGUUGCAAGAGCAGCAGCGGAGGCGACGGUGCUCCUUCCUCAACCCUGCCCGGGCGCUGGAGCUCCAGCAUCGGCGCUCCCCGCUGACCCUGCCCGGUGUCGGAGCUCCAGCAGCGGCAGGGAGCGAUCUCGUCCCCGCCCAAUGGCCUCUCAGCAACAGGAGGAGCAGGGGAAGGAGGACGAGGUGGCCGCACUCCGGGUCAUUUACAGCGGCGACUUCCACCUCCUCUCUCAGUCAGAAUCUGAGGGGAUCACUUUCCAAAUUUAUGACGUUUGUAAUAACGUGCCGUUGAAGGUUACUUUUCAGUUGCCGCCUGGCUACCCGUUCUGCCUGCCGGAUAUCACCAUCAGCUCGGAUCAACUUAGUCGCAAGCAGUGCUCUGAUUUGAAGGGGAACCUGUUACGGUACGCAGAGACUUUUCUUUCCCACCCCAUGGUUUAUGAGCUGAUGGCGUGGCUCCAGCAAAACGUCCAGAAUAGCCUGGACCAGCCAGCAGGUGAAGGUGACAACCAGCAGCACCAGACCAGCGCCGAUGAUGGGAUAUGGACGGCAUUGCUACAUUUAGACCACAUGAGAGCCAAGGGAAAAUACAUCAAAAGCAUUGGGAAAUGGACUUCUGACCUAAGACUCGCAGGAAGACUGAUGUUCAUGGGCAAACUCAUAUUAAUUCUUCUGCAAGGGGAGAGAAAAGAUAUCAAGGACUACCUAGUUGUCCAGAAAACCACCAAGGUGGACGUGGACUCCAGUGGAAAACGAUGCAAGGAAAAGAUGAUAAGUGUACUUUGUGAGGAACGACUUCAAGCUGGGCAGCGCAGGCUUACAAACUUUGCUGUGAAGGAAUUUACAUCAGAGUGUGAGUUACACAAAGAAUUUGAAACUCUGGGCUUAUCUGACCUCUAUGAUAAGUUUGUGCAUUUUUAAAAUGUCCCUUCAACAUGAAUGGAUAGAAGAAAAAUAAAUCUAUCUUUGCGUGGAAAUUGUGACUUUGGAAUGUCUCGACCCGAAACGCCUCUUUGCCUCCACAGAUGCUGACUGACCCCGUAGUUUGUUUCCACGAUACAAUAAGAUAUUUGUAAACUUUGUUCCUAGCCUGAAUCUGUUAAUAAAUUAAAUGGAUUUAAAUGAA